CUCCUUUCCCUGCACUUCACGUCGCCGCUUCUCUCUCUCGGUUUGCGUCUUCCUCCCCGAGGAGCAGUCCGCGAAGAAGCGGCUUGCAUGGCGAGGGUCGAGAGGCUCUGCGUUGGUGUUGUGACACGGGACUGAAAUGAGGCCCGACCCCCAAGGCCUCUGUACUUAGUGCAACUGCAUGAACAUCCAAGGUCUGCCACAGCGAUUGGAGUCCCACCCACUUGCUUGAAAAUGUGAUGCGCUGCCUGCUUGCUGUCCCACAAGUCUGCUUGAAGAAGAAGCCGUAGGUCCCGCGAGUCGGAGGGGUCGGGAUGGAUCGGAACAAGCGGAACUCCAUCGCGGGGUUCCCGCCCCGACCGGAUCGCUUCGAGGAUCCGGAGGGGGGCAGCGGCGGCGGCGGGGAGCCCCCGGCCUCCCACGCGGGGCGGGUGUGCUCCUCCUCGUACCGGGCCCUCAUCAGCGCCUUCUCGCGCCUCACGCGCCUCGACGACUUCUUCUGCGAGAAGAUCGGCUCCGGCUUCUUCUCCGAGGUGUACAAGGUGCGACACCGAACCUCUGGCCAGGUGAUGGCCCUGAAGAUGAACAAGCUGAGCAGCAACCGGGCGAACAUGCUGAGGGAGGUUCAGCUCAUGAACAGACUCUCGCACCCCAACAUUCUCAGGUUUCUUGGAAUCGCGCUGGCAGAAGGAAGACUUCACUGCUUAACAAAUUACAUCAACGGUGGAAACCUAGAGCAGCUGCUGGAUAGCGAAAAGCACCUGAGCUGGACGGCGCGAGUGAAGAUGGCGUACGAGAUCGCGAUGGGCCUGAGUUACCUGCACUCCAAGGGCAUCUUCCACAGAGACCUCACCUCCAAGAACUGCCUGAUAAAAUGUGAGGAGAACGGCUACACAGCGAUAGUUGGAGAUUUUGGUCUGGCAGAAAAAAUCCCCGAUCACAACUCAAACGGGGAGAAGCUGGCCGUCGUGGGGUCCCCAUACUGGAUGGCCCCGGAGGUCCUUCGAGAUGAGCCCUACGAUGAAAAGGCGGAUGUCUUCUCCUAUGGCAUCAUCCUGUGUGAGGUCAUAGCUCGGAUACAGGCUGACCCGGAUUAUCUGCCACGCACAGAGAACUUUGGGCUGGACUACCAUGCUUUUCAGCACAUGGUUGGAGACUGCCCCCCUGAUUUUCUGCAGCUGGCUUUCAACUGCUGCAAUAUGGACCCCAAGCUCCGUCCCUCCUUCCCAGAAAUCGUGAAGGUCCUGGAGGAGAUCCUGCCUCGCCUGAAGGCUGAGGAAUGCGAACGAGAGAGACUUCACUUGAGUGCCGAGAGCAUUGACCGAAAGACUGUCGUCAAAGGUCCCGGUGAGAAAGGCCAGGGCAUCAAACGGCUGAACCCGCUUGGGCUGCAGGACGACAAGAUCCCUCCCAAGUCUCCCCGCCCCCGCCGGAACAUCUGGCUGUCGCGCAGCCAGUCGGACAUCUUCUCGCGCAAGCCGAACCGCAAGAUCAACGUCCAGGACCCCUACUACACCCCCAGCAGGGCGGGGACGGGAGGCCGCAAGAUUAACCCUUUCAAUGCCCGGGAGGACCUGAAGGGCGGGAAGGUCAAGUUCUUCGACAUGCCCAGCAAGUCCGUCUUCUCGCUGGUGUUCGACCUGCACUCGCCCCAGGGCGGCCUGGUCAUGUCCCAGCCGCAGUUCCGCCACGUGCCCGGCGGGGUCGCCGGCGGGGCGGGGGCCGCGGAGCACUGCCAGGAUCCCUGCCUGCUGCCGAGCCGCCGCUGCCGCUCGUUGCCGGUGUCGCCCGUGCUGCCGCCCCGGGACUGGGCGCUCACCGGCGCCGGCUGCAGGUGCGAGGCCGAGCCUCGGCAGAGGGCAGUGGCGGGGCGCUACGCCGUCCUGGACAUCCCGCCCUACCGGCCCAGGCCUGGGGAGGGCGAGGGGGACGAGCUGGCCGGCCCGGCGCCCUCCCCCGCCGACAGGGGCGAGGCCAUGGACUGCUCCAGCAGCCCGGGGAGCACGGGGGACGAGGCCUUCUACCUGGCCGAGGAGCGGCUGAGCCUGCCGGCCAGCAGCGGGGGCACGGAGAACGGCACCACCUAUGAGGACAUGGAGGCUGAGGAGGAGGAGGAGGAGGAGGCCGAGGAGGAGGAGGAAAUGCAGCGGGACAGCUCCGCGGCCAAGUCCUCCUUCAGCCUCAGCAUCUCCGUGGAGCCCGACGCCCCACAGGAGCCCUACCCCGCCUCCGAGGAGAGCUACAGCCCCAUCGUCCUGGCGCCGUGCGUGGCCUCGGGCCCGCGGGACCUCCAGUCCAAGUGUGACAUUUAAACCGCGCCGCCCGCCGCAAACAAAGCCAGUGGAAGAAUCGGUUCUUUUAAAAGCAACUGCUCCAACGCCCUCCCGAUUAGGAUUAACAUGGCUGUUUUUAACUCAGCGAUUCGCAGACUGAUUAUUUUUCUGUUUUAGGUGCUGUUUAAUCUAAAACAAUUGGACGAAUCUCAUGUCCUCAUAAUUGAUGUUGGAAAGGGCAUUCCCUUAAUGCUAGCAGUGAUGUUGUAGGUCCUAAUGAUCUCCCACCUGAAUAGGGAAACUGUACAAAAAAACCUAAGGAAUAAUAGAGUAGAUCCCCUUUAUUAGCAUGGCGGAUGAAACCUCACAUUGAAUCAAUUUGUUCUUCAGUUAAUGUCGAGUUUCCCUGUCCCGCAGAAUUUGCAAUUGAUAUUGAAUUGUUUUUAUUUAGGAACAACACGUUAAUUGUUCCACACAAGAAAACUUUUAAUGGGAUUACACAAUGAACAAUGAAUUACAGAGAACCUUUGUACAGCUGAUUUUGAUGUGGUUACUGGGUUAUGUUCUCCUGAUUAUAUUUGUAUAUAUUAUGUUGUCCCAAAGAAACCACCGAGUUUUCUAUCCACAGCCUUUGAAGUGCCGAACAAAGUAUUUAUAUUUAGCAGCCAUGUGUAUUUACACUCCACACCCCUGAGUGUUGGUCCUCACCAGGGCUGGUUUAACAUCCAAGAGGGGAAAUACCCGUCCCAGAUCGAAAUCACAUAUUUUCAGUAUACAGCUCGCGGGAAGCUCAACUUUGAAAUGGUCAGUCAUUUUGAGAACUGCCUAACUUUCAGUUAUCUAAUGAUCUGUUCGCAAAUGUGGCUUCUUAAGAAGCAGAAACUAUUCUGUGACUGAAGUUAAAUUUUAAAAGCAGUUUCAAAAAGGCGUUGAACUUUUGUUUUUAAAAAAAAAGCAUUUUGGCUUUUUUUUUUUCUGGUGUCUCUCGUGGGAAUAUAUUUGUUGUUUUCCGUGCACACACUGCAUUUCUUGUCCUUUUUAAAAGGCUUGCAUUGUCUCACGUGUUUCCCUAUAAAACAGCUGCACCUUAAACCGCUAUUGUACCCAAUACAAAUCAACACAAAUUAUAUCUUAAAUGUCCUUGUAAAAAGGAAAGCUAGUAAAACAUACAUUCCUCAGUGACUUUGUUUUGGCAGGAAGAAAGUACAGUAUAUUUGGUAUUUAAUGCGUCUGUUUUUUAAUAUAUCCAGAUUCUUAGGCAUGGAUGAGGUAAAGGCUAUUCAGAGGGAAAAGUACAAUAUUCUUAGAUGGAACCCUCUUACAAUAUGUCGAGUAACAAAUGGGGCAACAGAAAGAAAAGGCCCAUUUUCUUUGAAAACCAAGUCGAAGCUUCUUUUUUCAUUAAUAAACCAAGAAAAAGCAUGUGUAGCUGCAGAUGAGAUCUUUUACUUCAGGUGGUCUUUUAAAGGUUUGCUGAAAACCUUCCAGCCUGGCUGUCCAGCAGGGUGCUUGGUGGAUCACAGGAAGGCUCAGAUCUGCAGAACGGUGACUUCCGUUUCUUGGCAUCGUGAAUGAAUGCUGGCAUGAAUGAAAGCUAUGGACAACAUUAGGAGGGUUCAGGUGUGGGCAGCGUUAGCAUUUUACCAGUCCAGUAUUAAUGAUCUGAAUGAAAGGUAUAAAAGCGUUUUAAACUGGCUGUGUGGGGCUGAUGUGGCUGGGCUUUUUCUUACCGGAAUCCACUUCAGUCCCACUGCUUUGAGUCUUCUCAAUGUAAUAACACUAUCGCUACAAGCCACUUUUAAUAUUGUACUCCUCUGAAACCCUUAUUUAUUAGCUCACACUUGUUGACCGGUGUUAAGAAUUUCAUAAACCCAUCACUCCGAAUGUUUUUAGGGGUUACGGAUUACUUACUGUGUUUAAUGAACGGUUUAAAUCAGUUAUCCGGUUCCUUUAAGCCCUCCUCUUCAGGAACACACUGAAAAACACUCUUUUCUUGUCAUGUGCUGUUCAGUUCAGAACAUUGCAGUUUGGUUCGAGAGCAGCUGUGAGGUCUCAGGGAAGAGUGUGGUGCAGUGCUCACUCUUCUCAGCCAACCCCGUGUAAAAGGAGAAAGCAAACAAAGCAAAAGAUGUAAUUAGAGUAACAACUUCUGCCUUCCUUGAGGAGGCUCGGUAAUUCCCUUUUAUAAAACGGGUCCUGUUGCUACUGGCAUCUGAGCAGUCUGCCUGCAAAGUCUUAACCUUUGGGCAAGUCUACCCCCCCCCAGCCAGCCAUGUGUCACUAGAACCCCUUCUGCACACCAGCUGAGCAGGCAGAGCAGGUGGCAGAAAUCUGCAAGACCCUUUCACUCUUACACUUCGAACAUCUUCAGCCACUGAGCAGGUCUGCUGAAAACAAAAUAGGCUCUACUACAUACUUAAACAUGUAAAUGGCACUUGAAACAAUAAAUGUAUAACUGUCUCUGCAUUUGUUUUUUAAUGCAAUUUUGUCACUACAUUUCUAUGCAAUAAAGUAACUGCAAUGGGAUAUUUGACUAAAGAGUUUUAAAGAAAUCUAUUUUGAUAUUUAUGAACGUUUUGCUACGUCUUAUUUCAACUUCUGUUGUGAAGAAACUUAAUAUAGCUUCUUUGUAAGAUAUUUAAAAGUUUUCUGCUGUCAUAAUAAAUACCUUUUUUUUGAUUGU